ACAUGUGUUCAGGCUGUGUAUAAAGCCAAUGGGAGCGAAACCACUCUAUCUUUGAGUGGAUACUGCUCGCAGGGCUCCUUUUUUAAAGAGCGUCAGACAAGAGAAGAGUUUUCUGAAGAGAAGUCAGAUAAAUUGUUGUGAUCUUCUCCCUCAAAUACCCGUCAACUUACAAAACUCCCUCGGUGACUAUAUGAGGUUUAUGAAAGUACAACACCAGAUUCAGACGGCUUUUUCCUAAUAUUUCUUGGAUUAGUGGAGAUGAGGAUUUUGUCACUGCUGAAAAGAAGAAACUCUACUUUUUUCAUCUUGUUUUAAGGUUUUUAAGUCUAAAAUCAUGUUUCCUAGUGAAGACUGGAACUCAAGUGAGCUAUUGAACAGCUCCAUUGGAAACUCCUCUUUGGAGGAUAUUGAGGACGAGGAGCACCCCUUCCUGACGGAUGCUUGGCUGGUGCCCCUCUUCUUCUCCCUCAUCAUGCUGGUGGGGCUGAUCGGGAACUCAUUGGUGAUAUAUGUCGUCUCCAAGCACAAACAGAUGAGGACUGCUACUAACUUUUACAUUGCAAACUUGGCUGCCACUGACAUCAUUUUUCUGCUUUGCUGCGUGCCGUUCACUGCUACUCUCUACCCCCUGCCUGGCUGGAUAUUUGGGGACUUCAUGUGUAAAUUUGUUGCUUUUCUCCAACAGGUGACUGUACAGGCGACGUGCAUCACUCUUACGGCGAUGAGUGGAGACCGUUGCUAUGUGACUGUGUAUCCUCUGAAAUCCCUCCACCAUCGGACCCCUCGUGUCGCAAUGAUUGUUAGCAUCUGUAUCUGGAUAGGUUCCUUCAUUCUUUCCAUACCAAUCUUCCUGUACCAGAGGCUUGAGGACGGCUAUUGGUACGGACCAAGAAAGUACUGCAUGGAGAGGUUUCCAUCAAAGGCCACUGAAAAGGCUUUCAUCCUUUAUCAGUUCAUAGCUGUUUAUCUACUGCCUGUCAUUACCAUCUCCUUCUGUUAUUCCUUCAUGUUGAAGAGAGUGGGACAGGCCUCUGUAGAACCAGUGGAUAACAGCCAUCAGGUCCACCUGCUCUCAGAGAGAACUAUCUUCAUUAGGAGUAAGAUUUCCAAAAUGGUAGUGGUCAUUGUUGUCCUCUUCACCAUUUGCUGGGGUCCCAUUCAGAUCUUUGUCCUGUUCCAGUCUUUCUACCCCAACUUCAAGGCCAACUACGCAACAUAUAAGAUCAAGACGUGGGCCAACUGCAUGUCCUAUGCCAACUCGUCUAUCAACCCUAUUGUCUAUGGUUUUAUGGGCGCUAGCUUCCGCAAGUCUUUCAGGAAGACCUUCCCCUUCCUCUUCAGACACAAAGUGAGGGACAGCAGUGUCGCCUCCCGCACUGCCAAUGCAGAAAUAAAGUUUGUGGCAACGGAGGAGAGCAACACUGAGAGGAAAUGAGAGCAAAUGACAUCUAAUCCAUGAAUUUGCAUGCCAACUAGUUGCUGAAGCUCAGGCUUCCUCUGCAUUAACAAGAGUAAUAUUCAGUUCACUGAGCUGCGGAAAAAAAAUGUUUUAAUGUGGUGCGAAGGGGUAUUAAGGCUGUGUGUCCACUAAAGCAAAACUGAAAACACCUUGCUGUGGGAGCUUUUUGGCAGCGCAGCAUUUUUUCAGUUGAGACGUUUCGUUGCUAUGAUACAGAAUAUCCAUUGCACAUUUUACUUGUAACUGAUUUCGCAGAUUAUUUGUUUCAUACUAAAAAUGAACUUUUCAUCCCUUUUGUUCAGUUAGCUCUGCUGGUUAAUGUUGUACAGAAAGAAUGUUGUGACACUUGGUCGGUGUGGUAUUAGUCCCGCCCCUC